AUGUCCAACAAGACAAUUGCCCAUAUCGACACGCCAGACCCGUGGAUGAUAGCUGCCAAUGGCGUCUUCUACCUCACCUUCACCCUCGCCAAUCGCAUCGAGAUCUGGGAGUCGCCCCUGAUGGAAGACUUCCACAACCCCCGCAAGACGGUCGUGUGGCACCCUCCCAAGGACUCACCCUUCUCGACCGGCAUCUGGGCUCCCGAGCUACACGAGCUGAACGGUGCGUGGUACAUCUACUCCACCGCCACUCAGCCUGGGGCAGGAAACCCCGGCCACCGCACCAUCGUGCUGCGCUCGAACCUGCAGGACCCUAUGGACGCUUCUGGGUGGGAGUUCCUAGGCCCGCUGAAGGGCAUGCCAGAGCACUUCUCCAUCGAUGCCACCGUCUUCAGCCCCAACGGACAGGACCUGUACGUCUGCUGGUCAGGCUGGCCGCCAGGAGAUAACUCGGACACCCAGCAGAACCUGUACAUCGCCCAGAUGGUGUCGCCCGAGGAGGUCGUCAGCGAGGCCGUCCUGCCGCCCGCCUGCAUCGCCCGUGCCGAGCUGCCGUGGGAGCGCUUCGAGAACGGGCGGCGGGGCAUCAACGAGGGUCCCACGUGGCUGAACCUGCCCAACGGCGCCUUCACGGGCAUUGUCUACUCGGGCCACGCGAGCUUCACGAGCGAGUACAAGAUGGGCCUGCUACGACUGGUAGCGCCCAAUGCGGACCCGCUGGAUCCCAAGUCCUGGGUGAAGAGGCCCACGCCGCUGCUCCUCAACGAGCAGUCACGGCCUGGACCCUAUGCGCCCGGCCACGCCAGCUUCCUGCUGAGCCCUUACCCGGGCGACGAGAGGAUCUUCUGCAUAUACCACGCAACGGCCAGCUGGGGUGAGGGCUUUCGCAACAGGAAGGCUCGGGUUAUGGCUAUGGCGCCGCACCAUUUCGCCGACGGUGCCCCGCCUAUAUGCUGCUCGAACGCGCCUGACAACCCCUUCUGGAGCGGAGGCCCUGCUACUGGCCCCUCUGUUGGUGGUGGCGGCAGUGGCCCCCAUGAACAUCACCAUCAACAACAACAACAUCACACGGCUGGCGCGGCAGGGAUCGGGCAGAAGAUUGAUCAGUUUGCCAGCAAGGCCCCUGCGCCUGUGCAGAAAGCGUUGGAUAAAUUCAAAAAGUUCCUCUAA